UCUCUAUUUUGUGAUGAGAACAACGUCUAAGUCACUUAUAGAUCUCUAAAUCCUCUCAACUCAAAAGAAUCGAAUCGCAAGUGGAAUACGCAGAGAAUUUUUGGGUUUUGUCACUCUCACCCCUUUCUUCAACCCUCUUUCAUUACAGUCCUACUAUAUAUAUAUAUACAUAUAUAUAAUAGGAGCUGAAUAGGAGCAGCCAAAAGGAUCUUUUCUUCAACACCAUUGUUGAGCUGAGAGAAAAACAGAGAAAAAUUAGAGAAUUCUCUCUAUAUAUACAUAUACAUAUAGAGAGAGACAGUUCAAAGAUCUAGUAGAUUGGUAAUAAAAAAAGAAUGUUGGGACAAAAGCAAAGUGAAGAAGCAAUAGUGUCGAAUUAUAACGAAAGUGAACAACAUCAUGUUGAGAAUAGAGAUGAAGAGAAAGAAGAAGAAAACCAGUCAUUGUUUAAUGUUAAGAAUCUACUUUGGCAUGGUGGUUCUGCUUGGGAUGCUUGGUUCAGCUGUGCUUCUAAUCAAGUAGCACAAGUGUUGUUAACUCUACCAUAUUCAUUUUCUCAAUUGGGCAUGCUAUCUGGGAUUCUGCUACAAGUUUUCUAUGGAAUUAUUGGAAGUUGGACUGCAUACCUCAUAAGUGUACUCUAUAUUGAAUAUAGAAGCAGGAAAGAGAAAGAGAAUGUUAACUUCAAGAAUCAUGUCAUUCAGUGGUUCGAAGUGCUUGAUGGGUUAUUGGGUCCAUAUUGGAAGGCAUUAGGACUUGCCUUCAAUUGUACUUUCCUCUUAUUUGGAUCUGUCAUACAACUUAUAGGCUGUGCAAGUAAUAUAUACUACGUUAAUGACAAAUUGGACAAGAGGACAUGGACCUACAUAUUUGGAGCUUGUUGUGCAACAACAGUUUUCAUACCAUCUUUUCACAACUACCGUAUUUGGUCUUUUCUUGGCCUUGGGAUGACUACUUAUACAGCUUGGUACUUGGCUAUUGCCGCCCUCGUUCACGGCCAGGCUGAGGGCGUGACGCAUAGCGGUCCGACAAAGCUUGUGCUUUAUUUCACCGGAGCCACCAACAUUCUCUACACUUUCGGCGGACAUGCCGUCACCGUGGAAAUUAUGCAUGCAAUGUGGAAGCCUCAAAAAUUCAAGUACAUAUAUUUAUUGGCCACACUUUACGUUUUUACCCUUACACUUCCGUCAGCUGCUGCCGUUUACUGGGCCUUCGGUGACGAACUCCUCAACCAUUCCAAUGCCUUCUCUCUCCUCCCUAAGAAUGGCUUCCGUGACGCCGCCGUUAUCUUAAUGCUUAUUCACCAGUUCAUAACAUUUGGGUUUGCUUGCACACCGUUGUACUUCGUGUGGGAGAAAGUAAUAGGGAUGCAUGACACUAAAAGCAUUUGUUUGAGGGCAUUGGCACGGCUGCCGGUGGUGAUCCCGAUAUGGUUCUUGGCCAUCAUCUUCCCAUUCUUCGGCCCCAUCAACUCGGCUGUCGGCGCUCUUUUGGUUAGCUUUACCGUCUAUAUCAUCCCAGCUUUAGCCCAUAUGCUCACCUAUAGAAAAGCCUCUGCUCGGCAGAAUGCUGCAGAAAAGCCACCAUUCUUCAUGCCAAGUUGGACUGGAAUGUAUGCAUUAAACGCCUUUAUUGUGGUGUGGGUUCUAGUGAUCGGGUUCGGGUUCGGGGGAUGGGCUAGCAUGACCAAUUUCAUUAGGCAAAUUGACUCUUUUGGCUUGUUUGCCAAGUGUUAUCAAUGCAAGCCUCCAACGCCAACAUCACCAGCUGCUGCUAUGCACCAUUAAGCUCACUCUAAACCAACAUCAACUAUUCCCCGUUUUUCUCCAGUCAAAUUCCGAUUUUGGUCCCUCUAUUAUGCUCAAAUUUGAAAUUUAGUCUCUACAAUUUGAAAUAAUUUGAUCUCUCUUUUAUAAAUUCAUUAGUUAGCCACAAAUAGUUAACAGUAUCCAGUUAAAAUGCCAACGUGAAUUUUUCCUAAAAACACCCAUUCCAACACCAGAAGAAAACAUAUCAGCAUGAUGAAUGAGACGGGUUGUUUUUAAGAAAAAGUUCAAUGUUGGCUUUUUAAUUGGAAUAGAUACCGAUGUUAACUACUUGGACUAGCUCAUGGCAUUAUAAAAAUAAAAGGACAAAUCAUGUCAAAUUAAAAUACAGAGACCAAAUUCCAAAUUUAAACAUAGUAGAAGGACCAAACCGAAAUUUGACCUUUUCCUCCAUAUCCCAAAGAGAGAAAAAAAAACCCACCAAUGAUUUCCAUGUUUUCCUCCAUAUGUUGUAUCAUAUAUUGGGGGAGAUAGCAAUAUUCUCCCCUACAUGCUUAGUGUGCUGGAUUUUUGCCCUUUGCUUUUCCUAUUUUUUCUUUCAAAUUUCUCCAUUAAAUUAGUUGAUAAUUAAAAAAAUAGUGUGUUGAAUUUGUGAUGAUUCCUUUGCUAUCCAAUUAAAUCAUAUAUAAAUAGUAUUAUGUUCA